AUGAUAAUUGACCAUUUGACAUGUGAUCCAAAAAUUCUGAAACCAAAAAAUUUGACAAUUGGUGGGAUAUUUCCGAUGUCUGGAAGCUGGGCCGGCGGUAUAGGAUGUCUCCCUGCAAUAGAAAUGGCUUUAGAAGAUGUGAACAAGCGCAUGGACAUUCUGGAGGAAUACCACCUACACAUGCAGUCUGAUGAUAGUGAGUGUCGGCCAGGACUGGGAACCAAGGUGUUGUACCAGCUAUUGUAUCAGAAACCCACCAAGAUGAUGGUGUUGUCUGGAUGUAGUAUCGUGUCCACUUUUGUGGCCCAGGCGGCCAAGAUGUGGAACCUUGUAGUGCUUGGUUAUGGUUCCAGUUCCCCUGCCUUGUCAAACAGAGAGAGAUUUCCUACAUUUUUUCGCACACAUCCGUCCGCAACCCUCCACAACCCCACGCGAGUCAAGCUGUUCAAAAAGUUUGGAUGGACACAAAUUGCCACCAUACAGGAAACACAGGAAGUCUUCACUUCGACAGUAGAAGACCUGGAAGAGAGAGUAAAACAAGCUAACAUAGCAGUGUCUGUGAGACAGAAUUUUCUCACUGAUCCAGCAAAUGCUGUCCGUAAUCUCAAGAGACAAGAUGCAAGAAUAAUUGUUGGGGUGUUCUAUGAGAAUAUGGCUAGAAAAGUGUUUUGUCAGGCCUACAAAGAGAAACUUUAUGGGAAGAAGUAUGUAUGGUUCAUCAUUGGCUGGUACCCCGACAACUGGUACAAGAAGUAUGACCCCAAGGUCAACUGUACAGCAGACCAGCUGAAGGAGGCUCUGGAGGGCCAUUUUGCCACCGAGGCUGUGGUCCUACACCAGGAGAACACAGCCACUCUGUCACACAUGACCUCUCGGGAGUUUACAGAACGGCUUGACAUGAUUCUGAAGGAACGUAACAUCACAGACAUGUCCCAGGUGGUCGGCUACCCGGAGGCACCUUUUGCUUAUGACGCAGUGUGGGCACUUGCACUUGCCCUCAACAGGACCAGCAUGAGGUUGAGUAAACACAACAAGAAAUUGGAGGAUUUUAACUACUACAGCGAAGACAUUCGUCGCGAGAUUUAUUCAGCCAUGAAUGACACAAGCUUUCUGGGUGUAUCUGGGAAUGUGGCCUUUUCCUCUGAGGGAGACAGAAUAGCUUGGACUCAGAUAGAACAGAUGUCUAAUGGGACAUACCAAAAGCUUGGUUUCUAUGACUACAACACAGACAACCUGACCUGGAUUAAGAAGGAGAAGUGGAUAGUUUCUACCAUCUACCAGGUGCUGUGUGUGAUAACAGCCCCCAUCACCCUUAUCAUCAGUAAUCAACAAGAUGCCAGUUUUGCCUUUGUAGCCCUCGCCAUUCUUUUAUGCAGCUUUCUGUCCAUGGGCCUCAUAUUUGUACCCAAGGUAGUAGAAAUAAGCCGAAAUCCAAAGAAAAAUCACCUAGAGGUGCGGGCUAUGUCCGAAUCCGUGGCCAGCAAGGAGGAAGAGGAGAGGCACCAGAUACUUCUUACAGAGAAUGAAGGCCUCAAAAAACAGAUCUCUGAGAUGGAAGAUAGAGUGAAAGAACUAAAGGAGAAACUAGAGUGUAAAACACAGCAGAGGCGUUUUAUCAAUGGGGAGGGACCUGAGAGGAACAAUGUCCCGCCCACAAAUAAAUCUGACCAAUCACAGAUGGACAUUGACAUAGAGAAGUCGCCUGACUUACAUGAUAACAUUGUGUUGGACCAUAAAAAUAUAUUCAGUGAUACUACUGUGCCAUUCCAACCUAAUUCAGACUCAAAUUCCAGUGUGCAGAAAAAUCUCCACUAUUCUUUAUCAGAUCAAGACAUUGAAUUUUUGUGAAACAUUCCGAAAUUAUUAAAUGUAUAUGUUAAUUUAUUGAAACU